AUGACUUAUGAGCAAGAACAAUGGACUGAAGUGCGAUACGGGAGAAGGCGUGGUCGACGCCCGUAUCGCACUGAUCAGCAAUAUCAAACGGGGUCGUGGGGAACGGGGAACAGGGGGAUGGACCGUGCACCUCCUGUCUCCUAUUCUAGGAGACAGUCCCCCUUUUCCCGUAAACCUAACCGGCCUGUGCCUCCCCCACGGUUCUCUGCUCCCUCACGUCCCCGCAGACCAGGACCUCCUCCUCACUAUCGACCCAGAUUUUGGGGACCUCAAUCAGGGUCCUAUGCAUCUGUGUUACACCAGGGAAACCCCACCCGCAACCAGGGGGGAUUUCCUUACAGGCGCCCUUAUUAUCACCAAAACACCACACAACAGAGCAGACCCAUGCCUGCUCCAAGUGCACAGCAAGCACCCGUACAUGACCCCCAAUUCGGACAGCUGGUUAGAAAAUUGCACACUAUCAUUAAAAUGGUACACCACCUACAAAAUGUGACCCCAGGACCUGAAAAACAGGAUCCAAAAAUGAUAGCACGUAUGGUGGAUAAUUUGGCAACCAUGAUUAAACCAGCUAAUCCAACAACCUACACGCUGGAUAUGAUCAUGGGGAACGCUAAGAACUGGGGCCACACUACACUGCUCAUUCUCCAGGACCAUUACACCGCUGAGCUGGAGAAAAUGCAGGGAGAUCUUUCAAAAGAGCCACCUCAAGAGUGGAAAAGCGCCUUCACUGUGGCCACGAGAUGGGCUCGAAAGAAUCUGUUUCGCAUAAAACAGGAGGUUAUUGACCACGCGGAGGCUCUGAUAGCCUCCUGUGUGAAGCCUGAUGCAGCACAGGACAGACAGGCAGCCCCUUCUGAGCCUGCUGCUGCACAGGAAAAACAAAACAAUGAUCAGCAUCACUCACCAUCAGCUUCGACCAGGAACAGACGCCGGAGUCAGGAGGAUCCAUCUCAGGUGCAGUUCCUGGAGGAGGUUGUGGUUCCCACCGAGGAGCCUGCUCCACAAUCUGUGGAAAAACAUGUACACACAAAGCAGACACCACAACAAAAAACACAGUCAGCACAAGCACAACAACAACAAAACAAAACACCACCACAACAACAACGACAGAAAACACCACCACAACAAAACAAAACACCUCAGACUUUUCCAAAGUCCAGGACCCCGGAGUUCACUCCCUCCCAAAAGGCUUUUUGGGAGGAUAUUAUACAGGAGCUGACACCAAGCACAGAAAUGACCUCCACACCGAUCACUAAGCCAGGCCUGGGCAAAACAGCUCAGGUUCGGAGUGAGAUUUUGGGAGAAAACACAGAGGGGGAACUCCAUCUUAGCCCCACAAAUCCUUUCAGGGCUUCUCCCAAAGAGCAGAGGACCAAGCGUCCUUUUCAGGGUCAGACUCCAGUCCACACACCACACACAGAACCACAACAUAACAAACAAAAUGAGAAACAAACACCUACAAACACUACAAAACAGUACUCACACAUAGGGGAAGAUCAGGCCACGGAACUGGACACAACUCCAGUUCUGUCUCCACAAAAAAUCUGUGUCACCGCACAGGUUCAUAGAGAUCCGGUCGAAACACAGAACUCCCCAUUGGAGCUGGACAGGGAGCUUCUGGAGUUUUUGGAGGGCAGUCCUCCCUCUCCCCCAAAACCUACAACAUACAAACCAAAAAGACACAUUAACACAGACAAGAAAAUGACAGACUGGAGCCUGACUGUGACCAAAAAAUGGCUGUUCAUUGGUGACUCCAACCUGGCCAGGAUGCCAAUGCAUUCUAUUCCAGACCUACAGAUAGACAGCUAUCCAGGGGCUAACUUUCGCCACGCACAGGGCAUUCUGUCCAACGCAACCAGUGAGGUGACAGUGGAGAAAGUGCUGCUCUCAUUUGGUUUGAAUGCUAGAGCACAAAAAGUGAAGGAGACAUCCAUUAAGCAGCUACAAGCAGCAGUCAGAUUGGCCAAAAACAAAUUCCCAUACGCAGAGAUCUGGAUCCCAAAAAUUAACUAUUCUUCAUUCCUACCGACCCAGGAAAAACUAAAUCUACAGCUGCUGAACGCCUACAUAUUCAGAAACAUGCCGUACAUCGAGUCUCUAGAAAGAGACAAGUUUCUGACAGAGGUGGACCACAUACAUUGGACAAGAACAACAGCUAAAUCAAUGUUUGACCACUGGGUCAGCCAUUUAAACUUAAAAGCCCCUUAA